AUGAUUGUAAAUUUGUUUAGAUCACAAACACUUAUUGAAACUAAACAUUUUAACAUUAUAUCCGGUUUAUUAUCAUUAAGUUGUUUUAUAAUAUGUCUUACAACAAGUAUAUAUACUGGAAAAAAAGGUAGUUUAAUUGCAUCUUAUGAUAAUACAUGUAAAAUAAUAUCAAUAGAACAAUUAUUAGAACAAAGACAACAACAACAACAACAACACCACACCCAACAACAACAACAAUAUCACCACCACCCCCAACAACAACAAAUUACAUUCAAUACAAAAAUAAUCAAUAAUUCAAUUAGUAAUAAUAAACCAUUUUUAAAACCAUGUUGUAUAGAACUCAAUAAAAAUAUCUGUGAAUGUUAUAUUAAUUAUAAUAAACGUAUAGAAUAUUAUCAUUAUAUAUCAUGUCAUUUAUUAUUUUCCUCAAUUAAAGAUUAUAUAAUAUUACAAUCAGCAUUAAUGUGUAUUGGUUCUGGGGUAUCAUUAUGGUUAUGGUUAUUAUUUAUAGAAAAUAAAUUAAAAUAUUAUAUGAAUAAAAAAUAUACAAGAAUAAGUUUUUCAUCAACACAUAGUUCAAUCCCUGAAAUAUUCAUUGAACAAUAUGAUGAAAAAACAAGUAGUAUAGAUAUAAAUGAAAUAGAAUGA